AUGGAAUUCAAGGGGUCUCAAACGCCCCUGACGUCCCCCGAGAAUGCAUUUCCCUACGCCAGUCUGCCCGCCACAUCGACUAUCCGCAUCUUGACCUUGCAUCCAGGGGCACCAUCUGAACCACUUGUCGGCACUCUCACACACGAGAUUCUUCCCACCUCGCAACCAUACGAGGCCAUCUCAUAUGUCUGGGGCAGCGACACGAGAUGCUCAGCACUCCACCUGACAGACGCGCAGACCGGGAAGUCGGGUACUCUUCCCCUGACGCAGAGCAUCCACGACGCUCUCAUGCGCAUGCGUCCUCACGACGAGUCUCGGAGACUCUGGGCAGAUCAGGUCUGCAUCGACCAAGAUGACAUCACGGAGAGGGGCCAACAGGUCAAACUGAUGGAUGUCAUAUAUCAGUCGGCGAGCCAUGUCCUCGUGUGGCUUGGGAGUGACGAACAUGGCAACGCCCAGGAGGCAAAGGAUAUGAUCAUCCACCUCGACCAAGUCUUCCGUGACGAAACACGCCAUGCAGCUUUCAAGAGAAAGCAUUCACUUGAGCUGGGACAUCGAGAUGCCGCACGCUGGGUACCCCUCUCGAAACUAACACAGCAGCCAUGGUUUACUCGAAUAUGGAUCGUCCAGGAGAUUGGCACGUCCACUCCUUCCACCCUCCAUUGGGGCCCUCAUGUGACCAUAUCCUGGGCCCUCCUCUCCCGCGUGGCCGACGUGCUCAACACAUCCUACCAUCUCCUGCGCACACGCUUCUCCAUCUUCACGCCCAACAUUCGCUACCUGGACGCUCGCUUCGUCGAGCCCGACACCCCCUAUGGCGAGGACUACAACCGCGGGAGCUUCAUCUAUGAACUACAUCGUGCACGCCACCUGCGCACAAAGGACCCAAGAGACCACGUAUAUGCAUUCCUUGGCCAUUUCUCGCGCAAGGUCGGCACCGAAGGGCUGAGGGCCAUCGAGGUGGACUACAGCAGGACCAUUGAUCAUGUCUUCACAGAUGUUGCGCGGCGUGGACUGGAGGGCGCAAAGACACUGAUCGUCCUUUCGGCAGUGCAUGGGGUCCUGGCGAGGAAUCGGACGAACCGCUCCCGCAGGAAACCGCUCAAUGUGCCCUCAUGGGUACCGGACUGGAGAGUGCUGCCGUUGCAUCUCAUCGGUUCACCAGAGUGUCCCCACCUUGCUGCGGGCAACACCCUGCCAUCCCUGGAGAUCGACGGUCGUGUGUUGAAGAUCAAGGGCAGAACGGUCGAUGUCGUGGCCAGAGCGUGGUGGACGUUCUUUGGACAGGCUUUUCAGAUCCGCGACGAUGCCGAAGCGUUGAAAGACAGAAAAGACCCGUUCGAGAUUCUCUGGAAAGACCUGACUGGGAAAGACAUGCUCGACACGGAGGAGCAGUAUCUUACGGGCGAGAGCAAGCUGUUCGCACUGAUGCAGACACUGGCCAACGGAUGCGUGGGCAUCAACCGUACCAAGGGCAUUGUCACGCUCGAGGAGAAUCUCGCUCAUGUGGCAGCAUAUCUGAUCAAAGCUGGUCUUGGAGCGAAGAUGAGCCAACAACUGGUGGAAAUGGCAGCAGGCGGCGACCCUUACCGAUGGAGCCACGAAGCAACGCUGGUGACACGGUAUCGACGGGUUGGACUCACCGAAAAGGGGUACUACCUGUUAGCCCCGGACACAUUGAGACAAGGGGACGAAAUUGUCAUCUUGGACGGGGGCAAGACGCCCUUUGUGUUGCGACCCGGACAGGACGCGACGUACGAGCUUGGCGGCGAGUGCUAUGUCCAUGGCCUGAUGAACGGUGAGGGGACGGGAGCUGACAAGGUGAUCUUCUCGAUUGUCUAA